UAAGCACACUGGACAUAUAUAUAGUUUGUAUAAAACUACAGUGGUAAUUUUCAGAUAUUACAUUAUUUGUAAUAGUUUUGUUUCUAGAAAUGCUUAAAUGGGUUUGGUCAACGUUUAUUUAUUUUGAGUACAAUUAAAAUAUCCUUGUAUCGUAUUUUAACUGAUAACAAUUUGUAAUAUUGUAAAGUAUCAGCAGUAUCUGAACCAAUCACCGAUACUACGGUAUGAAUUACAAUGAUGUUCGUUUAUAUUUUGCGUUAGAUUUUACGCUUUCACAAACGACAAAUGCGUCCAUUUUAAUGAACGUCCGCCUGACCAAAAAUGAGCCAAUUAGCUAAAAGCACGAGAGUGAGGCGCGAAAAGCUGCCUACCUGAAAUCCAAUUGCGUAUCUAUAAUUUCAUAUUCACCUAGUUUACCGAAGUCGUUUGUUUUUCGCACUUUGAUUGUUUAGUCGUGUUAAAAUAUCACGUGCUGGCAGUAUCUUUGUCGCCUUUUCAUUCAGUUUUGACGGUUGACAAGAAGCACUUUGUCGAUGGCCAACAACAAAAUAAAACUGAAACCUGAUGAGGUAAGUGUUUGUAAUAUAUGACGAUUAACGUUAAGUGUGUACUAAUAAAAAUGGUUGACAUUUGGCGAUAUUUAUAAACUAAUUGAUGUAUGUCGUCGUAUUUUCAGAGGUUAAAUCUCAAUAUUUACCUCACAAACUACGCUUUACUAUACUUAGGCGACUCCACUGUGACGUCCCUGGUAACCUUAACUUAGUUGUUUGUUAAUGUUUUCUGCUCGAGUUGUUGAGAAGCACGUUUUUAUUAGGCUACAAUAACCUAAAGUUGGACUUUUUUCACUGGUUUGACUUAAAGGCGUGUUAAAAACACUGUUGAUCGAGUGUUGGGUUGUGCAGGUGUCUUAGUUGCUGCGAUUCACAUUAUUAGUAACGUUAAUGGCUGAAUUGAGUCUUGUUAUGUUGGGAUGUUUUGAACGUUAUGUAAAGAUAACUUGCUCUUUAUAGUACAGUACUUCGAUGGAUUGAUUGAUAACGUUAGAUCAUUUAAAAACCAAAUGUGAGUCUUGUCACAUUGGAAAAAUGUCGUUUUUAGUUGUGUUCAUCAAACAUAAUUCAGCUGUGAUUUGUUGCGCAGCGCUAAAAUAACAGAUAAAUACGUUUUCUUUGACUUUAUUUUUAAUGUCUCUGUAGUUCACACAUAUUUGGUUAUUUGUUUCGUAGGUUUUUAAGCAGUGUAUAUACGCACUACUUUCCUAUAUGAAGUAUGUGUUCACUUUUUACGACUCCAUAGAAUAUUUAUACUUAUACCUGUAUAAAUUACUUUGUUCUGAUGAACACAGAGAUAGAUAUUUGGAAGAAUGUCAAUUUCCACUUCUGGGACAUCAUUGACGACCGUAGUAGGAAAAAUUAAAUGGUAGUCAAAGGUGCCCCAGAACUGUUUGUUUUGUUAAAUUCUUUUAAAAUAUUUCAUUUUGUGUUAAACAGAAAAAAAUACAAUAUUUUUUUCUACUUUGGUAGUGGAUGAUGUCCCGGGACUGAAAAUUGCUAAUAUUGUUCCAAAUAUCUUUCUUUGUGUUCAACAGAACAAAGAAAUUUACACCGGUCUGAAAUGAAGUGAGGGCAUGUAAACAAUGACUGAAUUUUCAUUUUUGGUCGCUUCAUUUUUGGUCGCUAUCGCUUUAAGUGAACUGCAAAUAUGUUAUUUUUAAUAUUUAAAUGUAAUGGGUAAAGUUUACAAUAUAUAUUUGAUUUAUUGAUCAGACGAAACAAGUUUGUCAACUAUUCUUUCUGCAUUGUAUGUUAUUCUAGUUUCACCUGUCAUGGGGUUUGGACAUGCUUGCGUUGAACAAUUGGGCAUUUUUUUUGUAAAAAAAUAACAUUUAUAUGUUUCUGUUUUCUUUUCUCUUUCUAGAUACACCAGACACUGGGUCAUUAAAGAGUGAGUUGUGAAAAACACAAUGUGUUCAAUUCCAGGCCUCCCAUCAACAGGUUCAAAUGUUCCUGUACUUAUUUCACGAGUAAACUUAAACCCCUCAUGUGUACUGGUAGAGUUUUGGGGUAAUUUUGAUCAAGAUCGGAAAUUUGCAUAUCAACAACUAAAAAAGGAGAUUCAAUACCCCAGAGAGGGGUUUUGCGAAUCCGAUGGAAAUCCUGGGGACUUGUGCCUAGUACGCGUGUAUGAAACGUGGUACAGAGCCCGUGUAGUGUCAAGAGAUGCUGAAGAGUACAGUGUGUUUUUAAUUGAUGAAGGUAGAACACUGCAUGCCACGCUUAACACACUAGCAUGGGGCAAAAGUGAGUUUUUCUAUCUGCCUCCUGAGGUGGAAUUCUGUGUUCUUGCCAAUGUCUUACCACUGUCUCCUGAGAACAAAUGGACAACAAUGGCCUUGGAGUUCUUGAAGACCUUCUGUGGUAGAAAAGUGAGCGCCACUGUUCAGGAUGUUCUCGUGCCUCAUCGAACGUUCCUGCUCGACAUUCCUUGUCUGUCCAGACAGAUGUUUGAAAUGGGGUUUGCCAAAAAACUGUCCAGUGAAAGGUUCAAAGAGUUUGUUACGAGGUCUUUGCAGGCUAACAGCGGAUCUGCAGUGGAUCUUCAGAAGAUUUCUUUCAUCGGGAACAAACCCUUCGGACUCAUUGAGCAAACAGAGAAACCACAAUCCUACAUGUAUCCAGAGUUGCAGACCGAUACCGUCGAGACCGUGGUUGUCACAGAGGUAACAAAUCCAUUUCGUAUAUUCUGUCAACUCAAGGUCUUUUCUCAGGAGCUGAGGAAGUUAACUGAACAGAUAACUCUGCAUUAUGAAGGAAGAAUUGGAACAAAUUUUGCCAGACCUGAGAAUUUGGGCAGCCCUUGUGCAUCAAGAGGAAGUGACGGCAAAUGGUAUCGUUCUGUGCUGCAGCAGGUCAUGUCUGCCAACAAUGUGGUUGAGGUUUUGCAUGUGGAUUAUGGGAAGAAACAAUUCGUACAGGUUGACAACAUCAGACCACUUGCCUCUGAAUUCUUCAGAAUGCCGGUUGUAACGUACGUGUGCUCUCUUCACGGAAUAGUUGACAGAGGUGUUGGUUGGAAAGCCACACAGAUCGAUUUCUUGAAAUCUCUCCUGCUCAACAGAACCGUGAUUGCCAAAUUUCAGUAUCGGAGCCUUUCAGAAGGUGUCCACUAUGUCACGAUUUAUGGCGAGGAGAAUACAAACAUCAAUAAGUUGUUUGAAUUGAAACAGAAAUGUGUGCUGGACUCCGAUAUGACCCAUGAUGACUUUGCUGUUCAAAAGAGCCCGUUGUCCAAACACCCAGAUGGAACAUACUCUGACCCUAAAGGGAACAAACCGGUGUUCUUUACAGAAAGUCUCCCACCUAACACUUCACAUGUAGCUGUUGUGCAACACGUUGACAGCCCUGGAAAGUUUUGGGUUCAGACUCAGCGUUACGCAGAGGAUUUCGAUCGGCUUAUGUACGACCUUGGACAUCUGUACAAUGAUCCAACAAGUACAGAAGGUUUAAUCGGAAAGCCUGUCGCUGGUCUCCUCUGUGCAGCUAAAGCACAAGAUGGUGUGUUCUACAGAGCAGCUAUCUACAAGGUAAUUGACAAGAAAGCAGAAGUUUACUUCCUUGACUAUGGGAACACAGAAAUUGUUGAGCUUUGCAACCUUCGACAGCUACCUCUGAGAUUCCAGGAGCUACCUGCUGUGGCAGUAAAGUGCUCCCUCCAUGGCAUUAAACCCAAACUGACACAUUGGGAUGAGAAGGCCACAUCGUUCUUUUCCAGAAUUGUUGAAGACAAAGUACUUGAUCUGCACGUCCAAGACAAGUUUCAAGACACCCAUAUUGUUCAGUUAGUGGAACCCAGUUUAUAUGGCAAAAAUGAUGCAAGCAAGUUGUUGUGCAGCGCAGACCUUGCAGAAAGUGAAAAGAGCUUUGUGGACAAUCCUGCCUUAAGAUCUUGCAGUUUAAAAACGGCACACACCGCUGACACAGUCAGGACAAGUACUCGACCUCAAACGCCAUCCAUAUCUUCUGUUGUGACAGAAAGUGCAUCAGCUUUCAAAGAAUGUUUAUUUCCAAUUGGCAGUUCGCUGGAGGUAACCGUGUCCUACAUUGAAAGUCCAAAUGACUUUUGGUGUCAAAAAGCCCAAAAUGCAGCAUGUUUGGAAGUGCUAAUGCAAGAUAUCCAGCGCUUCUAUGCUCACAGAAAAUUUCAGCCUCCUUUUGAAGCAGCUUGUGUUGCCCGUCAUCCUGAAACUGGUAUAUGGUACAGAGCCUUGGUCAUUCACAAACACCAAACACCACAUGUUGAUGUGCUUUUCAUUGACUACGGGCAGACAACGAAGGUUGGCAUUGAAGAUCUGCAGAAGAUUACUCCAGAAUUUCUGAAGAUGAAGGGACAAGCCUUUCGAUGCAGUUUGUAUAAUCUCAUCCACCCAGUCUCUCACUCAUCUAUAGACUGGAGCCCUGAAGCCACAUUGCAGUUUCAAGAUUUUGUUGACACUGCAGCCUCCACAAACGUGCCCUUGAAAUGCACCAUUUUUGCUGUAAUGUAUGAUGCCCAGAAAGUUGUGUUCAAUGUGGUGGAUUUGGAAACCCCGUUCCAAAGCAUUUGCAAUCUUCUUGUCCAAAGACAUCUAGCUGAUCGUGCACCCUCUAAAAGGUCUCCCAUUUCACCUUUUCACCUGGACACCUACUACUAUUCCACACAUGAUAUCAAGACUGGGUGUGAAGAGGAAGUGAGAGUCACCUGUGUGAAAAGUGCCACUCAGUUCUUUUGACAUCUGGGAAGAAAUUCAGACCAGAUAGAAAAACUUGCUGACAAAGUCAACUCCCUCUGCAAUCAACUAGCGGUCACCAAGUGUCCUCAGACGUUCGGAACAGUUUGCUUUGUGAAAUUCACAGAUGGACUUUGGUACAGAGGGCAAAUCAAAUCUACAAAACCGUCAAUCGUGGUUCACUUUGUGGAUUACGGAAACACACUGGAAGUCAAUAAAUCAUGUUUGCUACCAGUUCCAAUCGAAGCAGGAGACAUAAUGACUGUCCCAGUGCAGGCUAUCGAAUGUGGGCUCUCGGAUAUACCAGACAACGUACCGGGUGAAGUGGGAAAGUGGUUUCAGAAUUUUGCAGAGGGAGGUUGUUUCAAGGCGUUGAUCGUGGCAAAAGAACCUGGAGGAAAACUGAUAGUGGAACUUUAUGAUGGGAAAACGAAAGUCAAUGCAUUGAUCAAACAGAAGUUUCACAAUGAAAUCCCCCGAAAUGAACUGAGAGCAUUCAAAGACUAUGGCACAAAGAACAAGAACGCACAAAGCUUGGCAACCCAUGUGAGAGAAAGUUUCAGUGGUCUGAUGACAAAUCCACCAGAUAGGGUUCAGCAUUUCAGCCAAAGUCAAAGAGGUAAUGGGUUUGAAUCAACACGGAACAGGUGGGGAGUCCAUAAAGAUGGUGGACCAGAACCAACAAAAGAAUUUCAGAGGUGCCAUAAUACCACAAAACCAGAGAUAUCACCAAGAAAGCCAAAUGAGUUGACGCUCCCUUGUCAAUCUAAGAAAGAUGAUGUUAAAAUCAAGCCCCAGACGUCUCUCAAAGAAUCACAGCUCUCAGUGAAACCCAUAAAACCAGGUAUGGAAGCCAGUGUUUUCAUCUCACAUUGCAAUAGCCCCUUUAGCUUCUUUGUUCAGCUGGCAACUGAUGAGGAUGACAUUUAUUCACUUGUCGAGAAGUUAAAUGAUGGCCAGUUAAAGGGUGUGAAUCUUGUUCCCACUGAUAUUCACGAAGGUGACCUAGUCCGUGCAGUGUUUCCCGAUGAUAACUCUUGGUACCGUGCAGUAGUAAGAAAAAACACUGGUGACACAAUUGAUGUUGAGUUCGUUGACUUUGGAAACACUGCCGUUUCUCCCUCAAAAAUAUGUCAACUCGAACAAUCAUUUGCUUCGUUUCCAAGGUACAGCAUCCACUGCUCGCUAAAUAAACAGAAUGUUGACAGCACAGACCAAGCAUCCAGCUUCAAACAGGUAAUUGAAGAAAACGUGGAUAAGGUCAUGUGCACGUUUGUGAAGCUUUCAGGUGCUGUGUGGGAAGUGAAACUUGAUGUUAAUGGUGUGGUGCUUGGAUCCACAUGCGAGGAUGAAAGUCCACCAACAGCUGAGGUUAAGAGCACAAGUGUCAAGCAAAUGUCUGAUGUCACGACCUGCACCUAUUACAAAAACCCUGACCUAUCAAUUGGAAAAAUUAUCAAUGGAUACGCCUCAGUCAUCAAAGGUCCUCAACUCUUCUGGUGUCAGUAUUCAACAGACAAACUUCAAGAGAUUGCAGACGUGCUACAGAAUGUCGGUGAUGUGUUGGAGAAUACAUUGAAGGAGGAUUGUCUGCCAGUGGGAAGUGCUGGCAUUACCAUUUUCGCUGAAGACAAUCUGUGGUAUCGUGCUAAAGUAACCACUAGGGACCAUGACACAUUGUCUGUUACUUUCGUAGACUAUGGAAACGAAUCCAAAGUCAAUGUAGGUGACGUGAGGGCACUUCCAUCCAAGCUAUCUGAUAUUCCCCCUCAGGCGUUUGACUGCCAGCUUGAAGGCUUUGAUGUUUCCAAAGGUUUCUGGGAUGAAAAGGCAGAUGAUGAGUUUUAUGGGCUAGUUAAUGACAAGCUUUUAAACAUCACCGUUGAGAGAAUGGCAACCUCUGAAAUGCCACACUUUGUCAAGCUGGAGUGUGACGGUGUUGUCAUCAAUGAUGUCAUGCUACAAUAUUGGAAAAGUCCUGAAGGCCCAUCAGUUGAAUUCUUAAAUGGGGGAGAUUUUGUCCCCUAUGAAGAUUCUGUGUUAACGGAGAUUAAUAUUGGCUCAGAAGAAACUCUUGAAGCAGACACUGAUGUUACUGAUGAAACCUGUACCCCAGACCUUAAAAUACAACAAGAGGAAGAGACUGAUGUACCAGAAGGUACUGGGGUUGAAACUGAAGUGCUUGCUGUCCCAUUUGUGAUGAGUGAUGACAAUGUUCACUCCCCUGAUUUGAUUAUUGUAACAGAGGAUUUGGAAUCCGAAUGUGACGCAGAACACGAACCAAUUGCUGAUGUCACCAGUAGUUUAUUAGACCUGACAAACCAGCAUGACUUUGCUCAAGAGACCCUCAUAGACGCAACGCUCCAUCCUCAAGUUUUGGCACAACAGUCUGAGGAACUAUCAGAUGCAACUCCCAAAGACAUUUCGGAUGGCAUUCUUCAACAGGAACUUGAUUCUGAAUUGUGCCCUGUUGAACCAGAGGCUCCGUCAUAUGAGAUAAUUCGGUCAGACUUUGGCUGUAUAAGGCAGGCUACAGAGAAGAAACCUGUUGGAUCAGAAUGUGUAAUCUGGUCUCACGUAAGAAGAAAUUGGUGUAAGGCACAAGUUUUGAAGGUUUCUGAAGAUGCCUCAUUGGUUCUGCUUGUGGACCAUGAUUCUGAGGUGGUGGUCGAUCCACUCAACAUCUAUGAAAUACUGCCAGAAAAGCCAUUAGAGCCAUUAAGCGGUGAAGCUUCAGUUCUGGAUGGUGAGCUAACCAAAGGAAUGCAUGCUGCACAAAUGAAGAUUGUCUCCCAGGCUGAAGAUGCAGAAUAUGAAGCUGCUUUCGCUUCAUCCUCUGACGAACCACAAGGUGAUGAGAGUUGUAAAAGACUCGUGGAGCAGAUGGAUCCAGGUGAUGAACCUGCAGAACAGCUUCAAGCGGAGGAGCCUGUGUCCUAUUCUGAAAGCUUGGUUGAAUUUGCUGAAGAAGUGUCAGCGGCAGGAGCACAACUAGUUGAAAUACUGACCUGUACUGCAUGUUCAGAGCAUCUACAAAACAGAGAGUCCCAGGAUGACAGAAGUUCUUCAGCUGGAGAGCAAAAAGGGGGUGCAAAUAAUAUGGUGGAUUUACUGAUGGAUUUCCUUGACGUUGAACUCCAGGAGAAGGUACAGGAAGAUGUUUGCCAGACUGGAUCCGAAAAGGAUGCUUUGUUUGAGGAAUUCAACAGUGUUACUGCAGAUCUUCUUGUUCUGACCAGUGACGAUGGAGCAGAAUCAGACACUGGGUCUGAUGGCACGCUCCAGGGAGAUGGAGGUGUGAUGGAGGUCUGUCCUGAUGCUGAAGAAUAUUCAUGUGUACAAGAAAGGCCAAAUGACUCUGAUUGCACCAGCGCAGAAGAGCGGGAUUUAAGAGUCACUCAUCUGACAUUAAAGGUGGAAGAUAAAUCGGAUGAUGUUAUUUUUGUUGGUGUUUUGCGAGAAUCCCAAGAAGAAGUAUGUCAGCUAGAACAGAAGUGACUAAUGUAAACACCCCAAGUUUAUGUACCCCGAGGGACAAGUUACUUUUUCCAUUAAAUGCCAACAGCUUGGUGUAUUUUGUAAAGGUGUUUUUGUUCAAAUUCGAGAUCUGAUUAUUAUAUAUAAUUGUAUAUGUAUAUAUAUACACACAUAUUAUAUAUUUAUAUAAAUAUAUAUAAUGCUUGCUCAUACAUUUCUAGGGAUUCAUUUCUUUUGCAGUUUUGAAGGCUAUUUUGUUUGUUCGUUUUCAUUACACAGCCUUUCGUGAAUUACUGACAUUCGAAUUUGGAUUUCUAAAUCCUACUUCAUUUUUUUGGAUGCUCUUAAAAACUUGUGUUAAUGGGUUAAAAG